CUAGAAAUGCCCUUUAUUUCUCAUAUCCUCGAAAACCCAUAAAUUAAUUAUAAGUAGAGAGAUAUAAGAGUGUGUGUGGAGAGAUUCAAGAAAAGGCAUGGAAUAAAAGAGACCCGAUGUUGACAAAUUUCGUGUCACUGUUCUUAGAAGGUCGUUUGUUUUUGUAAUAAUUUCUUAUCUCGGAUCUCUCUCACUAGGAAACAUUUUCCUUUCACAAUCUCUCUAAAAGAACUUGCUUUUCUUUUUUUUUUUUUCCUUGGAGAGAGAGUGGCCCAGUAGAUCGAGAUAUCCAAUCUUUAGUUGAGUUUGAUGAGGAUCCAAGCUUCCUCAAUGGAUUCUAUAUGUAGAAAAAACUCUGAAUUUCCAAUGAUUCUGAUAAGGGUUCUUGAGGGGGUGUGAUUCCAGACGUGCGUCCAAGGGAUGGGAACAAAAUUGCAUUGUGAAAGCUACUUAACUGGGUAUUACUCCAUGAGGAACCCUAAUGAAGACUCUAGCUUUACUAGCUGGCCCCUAUUUUAUGGAGAUAAAAGCUUAACAAAUGGGCAAUGUUACAAUGGGUUCACACCAAGGAUUAUGAAGGAUGUAUAUUCCGGGUAUGAUAAGAACGCUUUAAGACAGAGAAUACUUGAACAUGAGACGAUUUUCAAGAAUCAGGUUAAUGAACUCCACCGUCUUUAUGGAAUUCAAAGGGACAUGAUGGAAGAAAUCAAAAUGAAGGAACUGCAAAAACAUUGGGCAUCAGUCGAACCAUCGUCGUCGUCAAGUCGACAAGUAUCUCAAAUGCCAUUGGAUGAUGCUAAAAAAUGGCAUAAAAUGGGCUUUCCAUUGUUAAAUUCUGGUUAUGAUAGAACAUCCAUGUCGGGAGUCGAAAUUGUUAAUUCUCCUUCGAGUUGUUCAAAAGGGUACAACAUGCAGGCUGGUCAUAGCCCUUUGCAAAAUGGGUGUACUUCGAAGGACUCUGAAGCAUUGAACUUGAGACCCUCCAAGGUAAGGAAGAAGUUGUUUGAUCUUCAACUUCCAGCUGAUGAGUACAUUGAUACUGAAGAAGGGGAAAAGUUACAAGACAACAAAAAAUCCGGCAUUUUGAGUUACACUUUGAAUGGAGAUCAAAAAAGUAUACCUGAAAGAGGCAUGGAGUUUUACCUUGGUGCCUCUGGUAGUGGAAAGACUCGUUGCCAGAAAGAUGCUUUGGGUUCAGGUUCCUGUUUGAGGAGCUCUUCUGGUUUGGCUGAUCUAAAUGAACCUGUUCAUGUUGAUGAAGCAACAGCUCCAUCAUCAGCUGAUUUGUUUGGUCAUACUUCCAACCAUGGAGAGACUAUACUAAUAAAUCAGUCUGCCAAAACAAAUGCAGGAUUUCCUUUGUUGAAUAUAUUUGGUGAGAGUAAAAUCAAUGAAAGGGGGUUGCUCUCCCAUAUAAAUGAAGCAGGGCCCAGUAAAGGCAACCCGAAUUUGAUAUCUCAAAAUCUAAAACAAGACAAGGUUCCUAUACUUUCUCAUCCUUCAGAAGUCCUGCUUAACAGGGCUCAUCAUCCUCCUGGAAUAAAUCCAACUGGACAUAGUGGGGAAGAUAUAUGGCGAAAUGAGUUGAUCCAUGGUUUAAAAUCCUCGGAUAGAAAUCAAUAUCACUCCAAUUAUGGCCAUUUGGAACCUGUUGUGGCUUCUCGUAUCCCCGGUCCACACCCAUUCGUUCGCUCCUCCAGUUUUGCCAAUUCACUGUCUGAGUCUGUCUCAUCUUGGGCAAAGCCAACAAGUAGCCUUGGUCAAAAGAUAACCAUGUCGAGUAGGAGUAUGCAGCCAUCUGUUCAGAGUCGGGAAGCUUUUGGAGACAAGUGGAAUGUUAGCUCUCGGUUGAAUCCAGGUUCAGGAAGUGAUAUAACAAUUCGUAAUGGGUUCUACCAUGGGCCUGCCUUAGGUUCCAAAGAACCAGUUCAUUUACCUUCAUCUGACUCCAAUUUUCUGAAGUGCAGUAGGGGUGUUAAUCUUGCAUCUGAACGCUCGAUUAACCCUGGAUUUGAGAAGUUUCUCAAGGGCACCAAUCAUUUGAGCUUGAAUGGAGUAAUGACAAAUAGUUUGCCAAACAAGGCUGUUCCUCUGAAAGAUCUCAGCAUGGUGGAUAGAAAUAGUGCUCCCAAAGACCACCCGUUGUCGUUUCCUUGGCUUGGACAUAAACCCGGUUACGAAAAUGAGGCCGCCAAAAGUAGGAAAUCGGAACUCUCCGAAAUCUUUGGCUCCCUUCAAGCUUCUUUUAAUUCAGGUCUAAGAGAUCUUAAUCAAGUGUUUACUUCAAAUGUCUCGCUGGCUUCAAAUGAUUGUGAGAUCGGGGCUAACGGGGAGAUGGGUGAGACUAAGAAGAAUCAGAAAAUUCUUGGGUUUCCAACUUUUGAAAUCCCCAAUGCCCCUAAAAAUGAGUCAUCGUCCCUUGUUUCUGAAGGAAGGAAUGUUGAAAAUGAAAAGAAAAAUAUAUUAAUCGAUAUCAAUCUCGCUUGUGAAUCCGAGGAGCAUAUAGCUGCAGAAGAACUGAUUGUCGAGAACAAACUGCAUUCCAAAGGCAUCAGUAUCAGGAGACAAAUUGAUUUGAACACUUGUAUCAGCGAGGAUGAAGAUCCAUCCGCACCCUCUGUUGCAAGCAACAGUGCCAGUGUGAAGAUCGUCCUAGAGAUAGAUUUGGAAGCCCCGGUUCUUCCUGAGAUGGAGGAUGAUAUUAUACCUGGCAAAGAAGAUGAACAGAAUCAGGCAUCUUUGCAAUGUAAUGAAGAUAAAGCUGAACAGGUACAGGAUGAAGUUUUAAGGAAUGCGGCAAAAACAAUAUUUGCCAUCUCAUCAUCUUGUCAGCAAAUUCAAAGUGAGGAUUUAAUUUGCGACCCGUCUGAAACUUCUUUGACAGAAUCGAUCCUCUGGUUUGCCAAUGUUGUCUCGUCGUGUGCAAAUGAACUGAAAGGAAAAUGUUAUGCACCUAUUCAAGAUCUUUCCAAGGAGAUGGACGAUUUUGAGGCCAUGGCAUUGCAACUAACGGAGACCAAGGAACAAGAUUACAUGCCUAAGCCAUUUGUUCCCGAAGUCGCUAAAGGGGAAGAAAUGGGAACCACUUCAUUUCCAAGUAGAUCCCGGAGGGGCCAGGCGAGGAGAGGAAGGCAGCGGAGGGACUUUCAAAGGGAUAUCCUUCCCAGUUUGGCAUCGUUGUCCAGGCAUGAAGUCACUGAAGAUAUUCAGAUAUUUGGAGCGCUGAUGAGAGCCAGUGGCCAUUCUUGGAAUUCGGGAUUGACUAGAAGAAAUGGCACGAGAAAUGGUGGAGCUCGAGAAAGGCGAUGUAAACUCGUUGACACUCCGUCUGCACCUGUUGAAAGUCCGGUUUGCACUGCGCUGGUGCAGAAACUUAACAAUGCCAAUGCUGGUUUGGAGGACAUAAGCCUAACGGGGUGGGGAAAGACAACUAGACGCCCCCGGAGACAAAGAUGCCCUGCAGGUAAUCCUCCGAUCGUCCCGUUAACCUAGUAAGGAAAAGAGGCUAAAAUUUAUCGAUUUGCAAAUUUAUAGAGGGAAGCAAGACAUUAGGAAACAUGUUUAAUGAUUUUCAGGAAUGAGUUGAUUGUUAUCUGUCAUUAUCGCCUUUGUAAAUGUCAAUGUACCUCAUAUUUUGUGACUUGGUAUUAUAUAGAAAUAAUGUUGUCUCAUUUCUUCUGAAUA